AUGAAGACACUUAAGCGUCACCAUGUCGUGUAUCGCGUUGCUGCUGCGUCAAGACGCCGUACCAUGUCGUGUAUGCGUUACUACUGCGUCAAGACACUUAGCGUCACCAUGUCCGUGUAUGCGUUACCCCGCUGCGUCAAGAACGCCAGCGUCACCAUGUCCGUGUAUGCGUUUUGCUGCGUCAAAGACACUUAA